AUGACCUCGAUCAUAACUACAGUAACAACAACUGCACUACCAGAUGAGUCAUCGAAGGAUGACAAGAUCAUCGAAGGCAUACGGUGUAAUGAGGAUCUGGACGAUUUAGCUUGGAAACACUUCAACCAGACUACCGUCAAGACAGAUUCUGGUCGUCUCUCAGUUUCUCUUCCCUUCCUUGAACCUCCUUCACUUCUAUCCUCCAAUUACCCAUUAGCUCUUGCACGUUUGCGUAAUCUUUAUCGUAAAAUUCGAGAUACUCAGUUAUGGCCUGAGUACGUCCGCUGUUUACAUGAGCAACAGAUUACCGGAGUUUUAGAAACCGUGCCUGAAUCUGCUCUCGAUGACGACUCGUACUACAUCCCUCACUCCGCUGUCUUGAAACCUAGCUCUCACACCACUAAAGUCCGGAUAGUACUAGACGCUUCGUCGCAUCAAGCUGGUAAACCCUCCCUCAAUGAUCUUCUCAUUCCGGGACAAACAAUUCACUCCAUAUCCACCUACAAAACCAAGAGAUGCAGAUUUAACAUCGGAAGACGAUCAGGAUGCAACACCAAGAAGUUCAAGACC